GGCAGAGCACUGAGGACCGGUGGCGCGCGCUCACAGAUUCCCUCUCAGCCACACACACACACACACACACACUCCCCAAACAAAGAGAAGCACGCGAGGCAGCACAGCAUCCCACCCUUUCAGCCGUGAGCUCACUAUAGCAGAACCGCCCCCCCCAUCCCUCUCAGACAGAACCGGUCCGGUCCGAGGCUCGAGCGCACAGAACCGACGAUGACAACCAACGGCGCGACUAACGGAACCAGCGACAUGCUGCAGAUCCAGUUCGGUCUCAUCAACUGCGGGAACAAAUACCUAACGGCAGAGACCUUCGGCUUCAAAAUCAACGCCUCCGCCUCGAGCAUGAAGAAGAAGCAGAUCUGGACCCUGGAGCAGAGCGGCGACGAGUCCAGCGGGAACGUGUUCCACCUCAAGUCACAUCUGGGCCGGUACAUCGCCGCCGAUAAGGACGGGAACGUCACCGGAGACAGCGAGACCCCGGGCCCGGAGUGCCGGUUCAUCAUCACCGCUCAUGAUGACGGUCGCUGGUCCCUGCAGUCCGAGCCGCACGGCCGCUACCUGGGCGGCACCGAGGACCGGAUCAUCUGCUUCGCGCAGACCGCGUCCGUGGCAGAGAAAUGGAGCGUGCACAUCGCCAUGCACCCGCAGGUGAACAUCUUCAGCAUGACGCGCAAGCGGUACGCGCACCUGAGCGGCAAGGUGGACGAGAUCGCCAUCGACCGGGACGUCCCGUGGGGGGUGGACUCCAUGAUCACGCUGGUGUUCCGCGAGCAGCGCUACCACCUGCAGACCUCCGACAACCGGUUCCUGAGGAACGACGGCGCGCUGGUCGCCACCACGGACAAGAGCACGGGCUACACGCUGGAGUUCCGCUCCGGCAAGGUGGCGUUCAGGGACUGUAGCGGCAGGUACCUGGCGCCCUCCGGGCCCUCCGGUACCAUGAAGUCCGGUAAGAGCAUGCGCGUGGGCAAGGAUGAGCUGUUCGUGCUGGAGCAGAGCCACCCGCAGGUCGUGCUCACCGCUGCCAACGAGAGGAACGUCUCCACCCGGCAAGGUAUGGACCUGUCAGCCAAUCAGGAUGAGGAGGGUGACCAGGAAGUGUUCCAGGUGGAGAUUUGCCGUGAAAACAGGAAGUGCGCAUUCCGGACCGCUGCUGGGAAAUACUGGACCCUGACUGCCAACGGUGGCCUGCAGUGCACUGCCUCCACCAAGUCAGCUAAUUGCUACUUUGACAUUGAGUGGCGUGGGAAGAGGCUGACUCUCCGGGCUGCCAAUGGGAAAUACGUCGCCGCCAAGAAAAACGGCCAGCUAGCAGCCACCAUCGACUCUGCCGGUGAGUCUGAGGAGUUUCUCAUGAAGCUGAUUAACCGCCCGAUCAUCGUGCUGCGAGGGGAGCACGGCUUCAUCGGCUGCAGGAAGGUGACAGGGACGCUUGACUCCAACCGCUCCUCCUAUGACUACUUCACCCUGGAGUUCAGAGAUGGAGCCUACAGCCUGCAAGACUCCACGGGUAAAUACUGGAUGGUGGGUAAUGAGCAGUCGGUGGUGAGCAGCAGCGACACACCCGUCGACUUCCUCUUUGAGUUUUGCGACUACAACAAGCUGGCCGUCCGCCACGCCGCUGAUGGGAAGUACCUGCGUGGUGACCACGCUGGUGUCCUGAAGGCCAACGCUGAUGACCUGGAAACCGCCACACUCUGGGAGUACUGAGGGAAGCGGGGAUGCAGUCGCCCACUGCUGCAAUGCUGAUGAAUGAAGUGUGGCGAUGCAGCACGACCCGUCCAUACAUCUACCUAUCCACACCCUCCACUCCCCCUCCUGUCCUGUUCCUCAUAUUAUAACCUGACUUUAUAUGUUGAUAAACUGCACAGAGAGAACGGGGAGGACAGAAGACGAAAGGAAGGAGACACUCCUUUCUCUCCUGCCUCCCUUUUCCUUCCCUUUAUCCUCCCUUUCCCAGCUCUGCUCUGCAGCGCCGACCUUUAUCUGUUGCCAUAGUUACCGUGGGGCUGUGCACUUUCUUCUGCUCCGAUUUGGUUCGCUGCUCGACCUGCCACACACUCCCUCCUCGCCUUACAAUUGGGCCGUCCCUCUCCCAGAGCAGAGCAGAGCCACGUUUAAAGAGCCCCCUCCUCUCUGAGUUCGACCCCCCUCGUCUUUCCACUUGUCUCUAUUGUCUGUCUGAGCAGCACAUGGUGGCAGUAUUUAUGGUAUCUGACCUGGUCUGCUGGAUCUGCUUCUACCUGAUCUAAUCUCCCAAAACAGAUCCACCACCACCAGAUAAAAUCUGCUUCCUGUUAGCUGGAUAUACAAGGCAGAGACGGUGGGUCUGUUUUCGUGCGGUUGCAUCCUGUAGAAAACAGAUUUACUGCUUCUGUCAGACCGGGCCGAGUAUGUUUGUUUUCAUGAGCGGGCGCCGUUGCCUCUGUGUGAUGACCAUGUGGUAUAACUGGAGUGGAUCUGAUGAUGAUGAAGAUAUCGAAGAUGAUGUAACUGACGGGUUUAUUAACCCCCCCCCACUCUUAUUCAUCUCAACUGUAAAAUAUUCAAAUGUAAACCAGUUUCCUGUGUUGUUCUCUAGCUGUGUUCUCAUUGGUUGCGGGGAAAUUUUUACCCGGACCAAAACAAGGAAACGAUAAACGAAAGAAAGGAUAUGACGUCAAAGUUUGGUGCCACUUCUAUUGGAGUCAAAGUGGGCACGACAUACACUAUAACCAUCGUAUCUUUGGUGUUUCACCUUGGACUGAAAUCACCUGAUUACAUCAUGUGAUGUCGACUGACGUUUUAUAUCGUAAUGUGUGCGUUUGUUUUCCUUGUUAUUGGUCUGCAAACAUAUCAUAGCUCAAGUCAAGCCCAUUUGCUCCAAAAUGGCUGCACCAUGAUGCACAACUGAACGGGGAAGGUCGGAUCUGUUAUCGCUGACCAGACUGCAAUUAUAGCCAGUCGGCUAUCGGUAACUUGCAGGUCACUUAAGUGAUAAAGGUCCAGAUUUACAGAGGCGUAUACAACUUGCUGAUUAGUGCCACCUCCUAACAACAAUAGUAAACGUUACCGAAAGAGCUAGCUAAUGUUAACCUUUCUGAGUAUUGCAAUUUUAUGGCUUAUUGUCGUCUGAAAAAUUAAGCUACUCUGUGUCCCUCUCUUUCGGUGGGGAAAAUGGAGUCAAAAUACACAAGCUAUCUGAGGAAAUAUGUCAACCAGUAUAUCAAACGUUAGCUUAUUAAAGAGCAACAAAUUACAGAUGAUUCUGUUAAAAUGACAGGUCGUAAACGAGGAGAUGGCGAUCCCAGUCUGUUCCCUAAUGACGGACAGAGCCGCAAUCUGUUUGGAGACCAAUAAAGAGGAAAACAAGUGUGCACAUUUAGAUUAAAAACAUCAGUAAGCAUUAUGUAAAGUGUGUUUUUUAAUUUAGAGAAUUGAUUUUUCAGUCAAAGGUGAAACAGCAAAGUUAUGAUGGCUUACAGUGUGAUUUGGUGUGCCAAAAUGGCACUACAGUCUGGCUCCAGUGCAAGAUUUAACGUCCUUGAUGUCCUUUCCUUCUUUUAUAGCUUCCUUGACAGGAUGUAGGAAGUUAAAACACUUACCUUCCUCCCCCUCUUCUCCACACACUAAACCUAUUGUCCCGAGAACAGUAUAAAGAAAUUAAAAAUAGAAAUGGUGCGGCCACAUACUGUAUGUUUACUGCACUCACCUGUCUUACUGGAAGAUUUAAAAAAAAACACUCCCUGAUACACAGUUGGAUUUCUUUUUCUAUGUCCAAGGCACAGACAUUAUCAUGGGUACAGUAGGUAGCCAUAACAACUGGAGUGAAAUGAUUUAUAGACCCUUUUGAAAGCUGCUUUUUGAAUCCCUCAACCAAACCUUAGACCUCAGCCUUUAUCUAGACCAAACCUUUGAUACUGGAUUAACAAACUAUCAUCUCACACACAUACAACUGGAACCUGGUGCUACUAACUCAUGACGUGUUCAGAUUUGUUAGUCUCGUCGAGCAUCUCACACUGUCUGGACCGACAGAUAGUGGCUUUAUGCUGCGUCCCUGCCCCUGCACUUGAGAGCCUUGCCAUGAAACCGAAGGUGCUGAAAGAGUGCCCUUAAUUACUUAAACCUGCUUCAUCUUUAGUUUUAAUUUCUGUCUGAGCUUUGAGGAGUGUCACGACAGCCUUCGUAAUGAGAUGUGACCAAAUUGUGUUUGAUUUUGUUGGAGUUUUAUGUUCCUGACUCGUCAGCGAGGGCGGGAUAUGUUUAAAAAAGAAGAAAGAAAAGAAGCAGACUUUGAAUUUGUCGUCUAUUUAACUGAAGUGUCUGUUAUGCAGUCGUGUAGCACAAUGCACCCACCUUUGAUUCUCUACCCUUCAGCUUCUCCACACAUGUAAGUAUGGUUUCUGUCUACUGAUUUUUACAGUACAGUAAAGAUUAUCGUGGCGCUGAGCUCUGAAUUGCUGGGCUCAUCCAUCCAUCAUCUCCAUCAUCAAACAUUCCUCUGAUGUGAAAAUCAGUACGGAAAAACCAAACAUCGUAGCCCUAUAAAAUGAUACAUGAUUGUAGCCAGCUCCUCACCAAGUCCGUCCAAUUUUCUCUCUGAAGUUUUUAACGUUUUGGCAUGAAGGGUUGAGAAUCUCAAGCGAAUAAAAGGAGCGGUUGUCCCCGGAGAAACUCGUGUCUCCGAGGUAACCGAGACCGAGGCUUAGACAAACGGAUGUGGAAGGGUAAACAUGUGGUAAUGACUGUGCCUUACUCUUGAGUUUUUGGGCAGUAGGAAAAUAAAAGAUGAAAAAAAAAGGAUCCACAUCUUUGCUUUGUAUAACUGGAACUUCUUUUUGUAUUAUUAUUUUGUAUAAUUUUUUUGAUAUUGUGGAUUAACCUCUCUCUCGUGCCAUUGGUUCACCUGAAAUCCAACGACCAAUAAAACUGGGAUUUGGAAUGCUAAAA